UCCAGGUUCACCUGCGGUCACGAAAGCUAUCAAAAGACACAAUGACUCGACAUGGAAAGAACUGCACGGCAGGGGCAGUGUACACGUAUCAUGAGAAAAAGAAAGAUACAGCCGCCUCAGGAUACGGAACGCAGAGCGUGCGUUUGGGCAAAGAUUCGAUCAAAGAUUUCGACUGUUGCUGUCUCUCCUUACAGCCUUGUAGAGACCCUGUGGUAACUCCAGACGGGUACCUCUACGAAAAAGAAGCCAUUUUGGAGUACAUUCUCCAUCAAAAAACAGAGAUCGCUAAGAAAAUGAAGGCAUACGAGAAGCAGAAACAGGCUCUGAAAAGCGAGGGACAGCUGGAGUCUUGUACGGAGGAGAGAGAGCGGGUAGAGAAGUUCAAAAAGAGCGAGAGCACCAUUGUAUCUAAACCCAUCAACCCGUUCACAUCAGGCCAGUCCAAAGAGACGAGCAGUCAGAACGGUUCUGCGGGGUCUGCUGGGGCGUCCACGAGCACAGACGAGUCCGGGUCAUCCUCUAAAUCCCUGCCCAGUUUCUGGAUCCCCAGUUUGACACCGGAGGCCAAACCGACCCUACUAAAAAAACCUUCGAAGGCGGUGCUGUGUCCUAUGUCAGGUCGUCCACUGAAGAUGAGCGAUCUCAUCCCGGUCCGUUUCACUCCUCUGGACCCCAGUCUGGACCGGGUGGCCCUGCUAACACGCCAGGACAGAUACGUGUGUGCAGUGACUAAAGACACUCUGGGAAAUUCAGUACCUUGUGCCGUCCUCAGACCCUCGGGUUCAGUGGUAACUAUGGAGUGUGUUGAGAAGCUCAUUCAUAAAGACAUGACCGAUCCUGUGUCAGGAGACAAACUAAAGGACAAAGACAUCAUUCCCUUACAGAGGGGGGGCACUGGCUUUUCAGGAUCAGGAGUACAUCUGCGGGCUACAGAGGCCCGGCCCGUCAUGCAGGCGUGAGCCGUGAAAGGGAGAAGUGGAGGAGUAGAUGCACAGAUGGAGGGACAAGAUAAAAGGAUGAGGCAAACUGCCAUAUGAUGUGUAUAUGAUUUUUUUUUUUUUUUGGCUGCAGAUUCUUUGCAGUUUUUUUUGUGGUUUUGUUUCAGCAAGAACCCGUUUCUUUUGAAUUAUGCAGAAAGUUAGUUUACUGAACUUUUUUUUGUCUCCUAAAAAUACACAAACGCACGCACACACAUGCGCACGCACGCACACACACACACAC